GAAUGGAUGGAUGAAAGAAGACAAAAACAAGAAAUCUGCAGAAAGAGCGAAUCCUUUUUAAAUGGCUUUCCUGAACUAAACUUCAAUACAUACAGACCAUCUCUUCAAGCUGUUUCAGCCGUUGUGGUUCUCUGGCAUCCAAAGAACCAGGAAGUUUGAGUUGACUAAACCCCUGUGCUUUUCCCAACAACUGUAUCUUUACAAAGCAGCCACACAGAAAAUAUGAAACAAUAAGGUGAUAAGAGGGCAGUAUCUUGUUCACACACGUCUCCUCCCGCCCUCACUCCUCCCUCUCUAUCUUCCCUCCACCCCUCUGUGUGCAGCAUUGCCAGUCGUGGUGGCUGGGAAGAGAGGACGGAGACAUGCAACAGCCGCUCAGUCACAUAGUCUAUUGUUUUUGACCACUGCACUGAGGGAGAAGAAGGAAUUUGCCGUGGAUUUUCCUCCAACUUUCUGACUACAAGUUCUGUACAAAACAUUUCUCUCACUGCUCUGCGGUCCAGACAGUUGGCAGAGUUUCAUGGACACAUUUCUACGGACAAGCCGUCUUGUGAGGGAGGAAGUUGAGAGGACAGUUCGCCUUGGAUGACCAGCUGAUCUUAAGGAGCAGCAUCUCCUGAGCGGAAACGAGAGAGAGCUCAUCUCGCCUUAGGGAAAGCGCCGGACUGGAGUAUCCAACCGCAGACCAGGAGGAAGUAAACUCUCGAAAGACGAGGUGUUCUGAUUUUGUGAGGAUCGUUUUGGACGUUGCAACCAUGGCGGGGAUGUACGGAUGCUUCAAGGGCAGGAACAGUGACAGUGCUGCCAUGGCAUCAGGAUCUCCAGACGUGCCCACCAAUCAGGAGCCUGCUGAGGUCCAGGAGGAUUGCUCGGGAAAGAAACAAUCAAAGUUCCAGACGUUCAAGAAAUUGUUUGCUCGGAAGAAAAGGAAAGAGCCGCAGAGCGCGGGAGCGGAGGAGGGCCUGAAGGGGAGCCAGUCGAGUGACAACGUCAGCAAAUCGUCAGAGAACAACACGCUGACCCCAUCCGAGAAGGAGAAGGGUUCUGGGUCUAGGAUCAGUCUGGGCAACAAGGCCUUGUCACAUGACUCUGUUUUCGUCUCCGACUCAUCAGAAGCUAACGAGGGCCUCGGGGCGUCUCAGGACAGCAUUCACGGGAAAGUUAAAUCCCUACAGCUCCAGCUGAAGCAGGCCAUCAGGCUGGGUUCUCCUCCGUCCUUAAUGUGUGUGAAGAAGACCGAAGACGCCGGAGCCACGUCUGAGGACGACGGCCUGCCCUGCAGCCCACCCGACUACACACCCCUUCAUUCAGACAAGAGUAAAGCUGAGAGGUCCAGCUCCAACAGCCUGCGUGGAGUAGACAGCGAUGAGCAGCUGUCCGACAGAGCCGUGAGCCCCCCGGCGGUUCCCGGGGACUUCAGCCAGCCGGCCAGUCCCUUCGUCUGCCUGGAUAACUCUGCUGCCAAGCACAAGCUGGGCCUGAGAAACAAGGCCUGCAACAGGAGGAAACCCGCCCGUCGCCUGGAGUUGAAAACAGAGGGCGACUCUGCGGUGGAGGAGGAGGAGGAGCUGACGGUGUCUCUGACGGCAGCAGACGUUACGGAGGAGCAGCAGAAGGCAGAAGUAGAAAGUCGGGAUCAGCUGAAAGCGGAAACCGAACAGGAGGAGGACGAAGAGGACGAACCCCAAAAAGAUUCCCCAGCGUUCCCGCUCGGGGAUAACGAGGGAGAAGAUGAUGCGGAAACUGAACAGGAUGUUUCUCACGCCCCGGACGCUUCCUGUCCUCUAGAGUCCAGUCUCUCUGAGGAGGAAGAGGAGGAAGAUGAGGAAGAACAGGACGCCUCAAUUGAUAGGCACGCUCCCUCCUCCAGCUCCAGUUCCACAUCCACCUCCUUGGACAGUCCCAGCGUCUCACCAGAGCCCCCUGCUGGUCAGACGGAGCACCUGACCGGCCCCGAAGGAUUCUCCUGCUCCUGCACCGUCCACUCUGAGAGUGACUCUUCGUCGGAGGAAGAAGAAAACGUCGAGGAGGGGAGCUCGCUCUUGGAGGAGGUGCUGAACUCCUUAAAGACCUCUUACUCGCCCGAUGUGGAGGUCAGCGGCGUUGUCAUGGAGACGGAGGAUGAGGCAGUGGAAGUUGACGAGAGGAAGGAGGAGGAGGAUCCCGCUGGUUGUGAGGGCCCCGCCUUGAGUCCUGACACGUCUGAUUGGACUGCCCAAGAGGAAGAGGAGGUUCUUCCUCAGUCUCUACAGGAGGAAGAGGUCACUGUAGAAGAAGAAGAAGAAGCAGCAAAAAGCAUAGAGGAAGAACCUGAGGAGGACAACGUUUCGGAGCGAUUCAUUCAACACAUUCAACACACUGAGGAGGAGGAAGUUGAAUCGGAGAAAGAAAUCAAACAAACUAUCAACCAGGAAGAAGUGGAGGAAGAACGGGAUAGCGGCGAGGAGGAGGAGGCGGUAGAGUUAAAGGAGGAGCCAGAAGCUGUUGAGGAAAAAUGCGAGAACGAGGUGGAAGAAAGGGAGGAAGGAAGCUGUGUCGAGGUGGAGGAGGUGAGAGAUGAAGAAGAGGCAGAGGAGGAAGCAAAAGGGGAUGAGGAGGAUAUGGCAGAGGGGAUCCCUGGCGCUGAAGACGAGGAGGAUCCAGAUGCCUCGUCGAUUCAAGAGGAAGGCGAAGGAGAUGAUGCUACCCCAGAGAUGGAUGAUCAAAUAGUUCCCAAAGUGAACGAAGAGCAGGAGGUUUUAAAUAAGAACUCUGGAGCUGAGGAAGAGGAAAAGGAAGAGGAAGAGCUCCAGGAUCGUAAAUCAGAAGACGUGGAAAGAAGUCCCGAUGGAAAUCAGAGUGGAGACGACGUGGAAUUGGGAAAAGACGGAACAAGUCCCCUCAUGGAAGAGAAGGAAGCCGAACCUGAGGAAGAAGGUUGUGUUUCCUCCAGACUUCCUCCGCUGUUCCUGUCGGAGUCGCGCUCUGUUUCCUGUUCAGAUCAGAGUCCCACCAGUUCCCCCAGUAAGACCAGUACCUUAUGCAUCCAUCUGGCUUCCCCCACCUCAGAGAAACCCAGCUCUCCGCUCCGGCUCGCUGCUGUAACAGAGCCGCUUUCCCCCACCGAGGAACCCACAGAGUUUAGCAUGACAGAGCGGAUAGAGGGCGUGAAAAAACCAGAAGAAGAAGAGAAGCAAUCAGCACCAGAACAAGGUGAUUCCUCUGGACAGGAAGUGCCGUCAACACCGACGGAUCAAAGCAAAGUCCGCUUUACCGUCGCCCCGGCGUGGCAGCGGCUACAGAGCCACCCCGUCUCCCCGUCUUCCGCUCCGGCGCUCCGGGACAGCAGAGCCGAGGUGGAGGCAGCGGACCGGAAGGAACGGGACGUGAAAGCAGAACCCGGCAGCCCUGCCGAGGCGGAGGUGGCACCGAGUCCAGUCAGAGGGAGGAGUUCAGGGAGCUUCACCUCCAAACUGCAGAGCUACGUAGCGUCUUCUCCAGCUGAAGCCCAUACUGCAGCGCCGGGGAGAACACCAGAGAGCGCCGCGGUGGCGGAGGCCAACCCAGACAGUCCGUUUGGGGUCCGUCUGAGGAAGACGUCGGCUCUGCUCCGGUUCGGCUCAGAAGAGGUCGACUCAGAGCCUCAAGUCGAGUCGCCGACGCAUCCGCCCUCCGCAAAAGCCGAGUCACCCCAGCCAAUCAGCGGCAAGCCCCCCGCGAGCCAUCCAGUCGGCAACAAGCCCGCUCUGCCCAGGAAACCGGAGGUCCACGGAGACGCCGGAGCCAAACCGAGACGCAUCUCAGAACCAGCCGCAGCCCGAAGUGCGCCCGGCGGGUCCGAUCCCCCCAGCUGGAUCUCUAUGGCCAAACAGAAACAGAAGGUUUACAAAGAAACCCCACUCAAUGAAAUUACAGUCAAGAAGGAGGAGCAGGAGAGGAAACCGGCGUUGCCUCCAUGCAGGGAGCAGAGCAGCAGCAAACCGCUUGAACCCACCAGCAGAGUGUCGGUAGAAAAGGAGACCAGAAGGACUUCCUCUGUUCCAACUCCAGUGCCGCCUCAGCCCCCGAAGGCCCCGCUCCAAAAGCCGCAGGCGCCCGCCACCCCAGCGAAACCCUCGCCCCGACCGGACUCGCCCCGCUCCUCCCCCUCGAAGCCCCCGCCCGUUCUCUCCAAAACACCGCCGGUCGCCUCGCCGAGGACUGUCCCGGUAAAGGCUGCCUCCACGCAGGCUGCGCCCCCGCAGCGGGGCUCGCCUCCCGCCGCUCUGCCCCAGAAUGAGCCCCCCUGGAUGGCGCUCGCCAAGAAGAAGGCCAAAGCCUGGAGCGAGAUGCCGCAGAUCGUCCAGUGACGGCUCCGGGUGCUCACGACCCAAAGAAAGUUUUUGGGUGUCAAAACGUAAAAAACUAUAAAGCACCGCACUGUUUGCACGUUGUAUGGCCGGCUUCGGGCUUUCUGAUUGGUCUCUAACGUGCAGUCCUACAGCUACAAACAGCUUUCUUUGCUCUGCCUCCACAUACAGCCACGUCUGUCUGAAUCACAGAAGUAAAUGUAUCCAUAUUUCUCUCGGUCUCUAUUAUUAUGAAAUAAGGUGCCUAAAUCAGGAAACUGUAACUUUUAUCUAAAUUAAGAGUCAAACAUCAGCUAAGAACGCUGGAUCGUGGCAGAAGCCAUCCAGUUUGUAGAAGAGAAUCAGUCUGUUUCAUUCUGCAGCGAGCGGACGUGUUCUGCACUUCCCUUUUGUAGUGUGAGGUGUUGGUUUUUUUUUAUCUCGGUGAUGAAGAAAGUCCUCCAGGAGGCUACCUAACGUUUUCUCCAGAGGCGAAACUAAUCACUGAUUGCCGCCUCAGCAGGUGUGCAGUGAUAAUGAAAGUGUAAACUCUGUGGUUCCUCUCCUCUCCUGCUUCCUGAGACCUUCUGUUGUCGUUUCUCGGUGCGUAACCGCAGGGUACGACGAGCGCGCGUCCUGCAGACAUCUUGAUAUCCAUAACAAAACAUCCUGUUCAGGACCGGAACCGAGCGGUCAGCGUCCUCCCGUCUCCGGCGCCGAGCUUUGCUCACUUUUAUUUACUUUUCGUCUUUGAGUAAUUAUUAAUGUGUGACACGUUUUAUUUUGCAUUGCCUUUGGAGAAUUUGUCUUGUACAUAAAGUGUACAGUAAAAAAAAAAAAAUCAAUAGAAACAAUGUUUUUGUGUGUGUGUGUGUGGUUUUUUUUUUGGUCUGUUUUGUGUGUGAUGGGGAGGAAAUCGUGUCUUGUGAAAGCUUUCAGACUUUAAUUUUUUUAAUUUUGCAACCACAAACCUCUGAAUUACAGGAGUUUACGUGACACACUCAUUGUGGUGCAUUACAGUUGAGCAUGUUUAAUUUUUUUUUAUCUUUUUCUGUCCUAUUUUUCCACAUGAAUAAUAUUGCAAGAACUGUUUGUUUUUCACUCAAGCUAUCUGACCCAGAUUUGAUGAGGAGAGUUGGCAGCUUUACCCUCUUAGAAAACGAGAACCUCUUCCAAAUUUACCACAAAACACUGAACUGUUAAGGUGACUUCUGCUUCUGUUGUCAUUAUGAUAUUAAAAAGGCAAUCAGAGGAAGAAGUGGAAGAGAAAAGCUGCAAUAAGUGGAGAUACUGAAGACGGAGAGGUGAAGUGCAUGAGAUGAUAUUUGAUCAUUACCUGAAAGGUGAUUGUAGGGGCCGUGUUAUGUAGAAUCAUUUUAUAAUGGUCCGUUAUCAAAAACAUACCUGGAGUGUUGCUUUAAUUCUUUCAUGCAGGUUUGAGAAAUCCCUCAAUCGCCAUGGCAACCACUCAGCUGUACAAAAUGCCUGGGUGGGCCAAGCCCCGCCUUCGAGGCACAGCUCCUCCUCUGAACUGGACUUGCCAAACUUCAGAGCUUGAACAACCUUCCCCCACUCAGCUCCUUCAGACUAGCCAGCAGCAAUUGGCAAAAACCUGGUUAAACUGGGUGUUUGCUGAUCUCAUUAUUCGAGCUACUUCUGGUUAAAACUUUAAAGGGCUGAUAGAGGAGCGAUGUGAUGACUUCCUGAAGGCGGAGUUUUAGAAACGGCAGGAGUUUUUAAAGAGACAGAGACCCAGUUUCAAGGCACUGAAUUACAAAAUUGUAUUUCUUUAAAGUUAUAUUUGAUAUAAAUAAGCAAAAUGGUUACUUGAUUGUGUUGCAAUACGGCACUAUAUACCUGGAAAAUGCAUAAUAUUGCCCCUUUAAGGAAACCAAAGUUGCACUGGUUGGUGUUUAAAGGUGCCACGACUUAAAACUCUUUUAAAACAUGUAAAUAUGACUUGGCUUCUUCAAGAGUAACAUACAGACACUGAAUGUACAACACUUUCACUCCUGGUAGAGAAUACUCUCGCUUGUUCGCAUGGAUGUAACUAGGCCACACCUAGCUAAACAAUGUUGGACACCUAUCACAGAUCAGAAAGUUUUGGCAGGAAAAACAACACAUGAUCACAGUCUAUCUGUUCAACUCCUUUUUUACCUUAAAGUUAUAGUACAUAAAGUGCUUGGAAAACUAGUGUUGGCACACGCACACACAUGUUCAUUCUUGUCUGGUUUUGUGUUACUCUGCAUAGGAAGCUGACCUAUAGGGGGUUCCUGGUUGCAUAAAUGAAUCUAGGACUCGAGCCAGCGUUUGCUUCUGGUGUGAUGCACGUUUGACAUGCAGAACAGGAAGCCGUAACGGCUGAGCUUAAGAUUCUCCAGAUGUCUUUUCUGGGUGAGUUAGGUAACGCUGCUGCUGCUGCCUGGCCUACUUCUGACACCUGCACGGUCGCAUUCACAUGCAGGCCUUAAAGUCGACGAACGAUGCAUGCGAGGCUGUGCCAAGUAUCCAUGACGAUGGCUGGUAGUUGUUGACCUUCUCAUGUUCGGGUUAUAUAACCAGCCAACUUGGCAGGAUGGGCCGAGAGAAGGGGCUGUAUCUGUGUCCCCGAAGGGCGCUUGAGUCCUAAGGAAAGUUGUGGAGACUCUUCAGAAAGGCAACAUUUGUGCUCUCUACAGAUUCACAGUUUGUGUCAAUAUGGCGUGACACCCGUCUAAUCAUGAAAUUAAGGCAUUUCAUUCACCUACAGGGGCAAAGGUCUAGAUGAAGUCCAGCAGCUAUAGCAUGCAGACUGCAAACGCGUGUGAAAGAAUACACUUACACUAGCUCAGUGAAUUCAAACACCAUUAUUAGCAUGCUGUGUAAUAAGUCAAGUAAUAAAAUCUACUUAGACCUCCAAACUUUAUGUAACAUUUCAUCCAAGCCUUACACCACAUCUAGUACAAAGCCACAUUUUGUUACCUACCUAAAAUAUAUAUAUAUUUUUUUCCUUGUUCAUCUUCUGGGAAAAAAGAGGUUUUGUUGGCCAAAAAUAAAACUGUCAACUCCAGUAUAAGUUGGAGCAAAUUCGAUAAAUGGUGUUGGUUUCUCCAGAAGGACCCGUCAACGUCAACUGUCAUCGCUACGCAGGAAGUUGUAAAGCGAAGCUGAUUUAGUUCGAAUUAAAAUGUAACCCAAACGUUAAGUACUAUUUAAAUCAACUAUUGCUAAUUUCUAAUGUUGAAUUGUCUCCAAUGAACAUAUUAUUUCUCAUGUGGCUCUUAAAUUUUGAGUCUUGUCGCUAAUUUCCGCCAACUUACAACUAAUGUUGCUAGGCUAUCCAGCUAACAGGCUUUCAUGUUUCGUGUACUUAAUGUCAGGAGUCGUGAAAUAAAUUACAUUUAUCAGCCGCUUCUCUAGGACAAGGUUUUAAAAAAAUGUUCAAAAUUUACAUUAAGGAUACAAUAUUAAAGUGUGUACGUAAAAGGGAAGCCAGCUAUUGCGUUGAAACAUUUUUGAUGAAGAGGGAAGUAUUGGCAAAAAAACAAAAAAUAAACUAAAACACUAAGGUGUCUUUUCCCUUUUAUUGUUGUGCGCAUUAGUAAUGCUCCAUUAAUUCAUCAAAACAGGAUCUGUCCAGUUUAAGACAAUGCAGAAAAUCCAACCAAAACGUUAGUAAAACAUUCAGGCUUUAUUAUUGCUACAUGUGUUUAUUUCUUUACCAUAUUCACUCACUGAACAUGUUGGUACAAGCACACAGGAUUAUAAUAUAAAGUCAGUCUGUGCACAUCAAUCCAGACACAAGCUUGUCAACAGAUCAGACAUAUCUCACUUAUGAUCUUACAUUGGACAUUUCUACAAUUAACAAAUAUGUAUUCCCUUUCAUGUACUGCACAUAUUAGCAAUAUUGAUCUUUUUCUGUUUCUAUAAAUAACAUUGAAAAAUACUAAUUAUAGGGGACAACUACCUUGUAUUCAGGAUAAUUUAUAAUUAGUAAAAUGUCAUUCUAUACGUUUCCCAUUAAAACGGUCACACAACAACCUGAAAUUAGGCAUGGGCACGUGGCCAAUAUUCAGUUAUACCAGGUAUAACUUGGAAAGUUCUGGUUUGAGAAAUUUUCCAUCACACAGAAUUUUCUCCAGCAGUGUCGGACCGCCCCUCUCCUACCUGUUGUUGCGCACUGCUGGUCAGCUGGCUGAGUGAAGACUGUUAGAUUUUUUUUUUCCUCUCUCAAGGAAGAGAAAAUCAGAUAUUUGGAAAUAUUUCCGUUUAUUAAAAACAUGGAUGGUCACAGUGUGGAAACUAAAAGAGACUCGCCUAAUAAAGUCAUGUACAUUUUUGGUUAAUUUAAAAAACAAAAAGAAAACAAACAGUAUACAAUGGUGAUUUCACUCAGCGCUGUUAGAAUUUUAUACUACCCCGUGCCUAAAUGCUUCAUUUACAGUACAGUACAUGUACAGCAUCCUUCUUUCUUUAACGUCCAGCAUUACAUUGCUUUGGCCCUUUAGUGGAUAAAUUGAUGAGUUACUACACAUACACCGACACACCGAUAAGCGAAGAAAAUUUGAAAUACAAAGAACUACGUUGACAUAGAAACAUGUAAAAAAAGAAAAAGAAAGGAGAAGAAAUCAAACCUUUGCAUAUAAAACCAAAUAAAAGAUUUUUUUAAAGGUAAAACGUACGAGGUUAACAAUCUCGUACAUUUUUCAAAGAUUCGCUUUUGCAAGUGAAAGCAAUCAUAUCACAGACAAGAGCAAGGCCUCAAGAUUUGUUAUCAGCGACAUAUUUUUCUCUCAAAAGUAUGUUUCCUCUUGUUUCAUUUUGUUUAAUCUGCUGCGAAAUUAUUAUUCUUUUGCCUACUUGUGGGGAAAACUCAGAUAAAGCGACUUGGACCCAAGUCUGGUUUGUAAAUUGAUCUACUCCUUGUUUGUUUGAGAACAAAAGGCACUGGCCUUUACUCGCUAUAUGCUAAAUGUCCAAUAAAACUCUUAUUUUGUUUUAAA